CUGUGCCUUCCUUUCUGUCGUCUCUCUUUGCGAAGAAGAGAGUGAAAGAGAAUAUCUGAGACUCUGAUUCUGAGAGUCGAGACGAGUGAGUGAGUGCUGCUUCUUCUUCUGAAUCAAAUCAUUCAUCACUCUCUGGUUCUGAUUUUUCUGACACCAAAAUGGUGAAUCCUCGAAUUCCACGUUCAAGGAUCCCAACUUUCACACUUUUCACUUCUGCUAUCUCCAUCGUUCUGUGCAUUUUCUUCGUUCUCUCUUUUCUCUUCACUGCCCAUUCUUAUUCCUCCCAUCAACACCACAACGCGGGUUCUGACGGUGGUGUUGCACAUGGAUUUGAGUCGAUUAGGAGAUCCGUCCUAGCUCUGAAAACAGAUCCUCUCAAGCCUCGGUUGGACCAGAUUCGUAAACUAACCGAUGAUCAUCGCUCUUUGGCUCUCGUGUAUUCUUCCUAUGCACGCAAGCUCAAGCUUGAGAGCUCAAAGCUUGUUAGGAUUUUCGCAGAGCUAUCACGCAACUUCUCGGAUCUAAUGAACAAGCCGCAGUACAGGACUCUUUUCAGCAAUGAUGCAUCCCCGGUUGAUGAAUCAGCGCUUCGCCAAUUGGAGAAGGAAGUGAAGGAGCGCAUUAAGACCACCCGCCAGGUGAUUGGUGAUGCCAAGGAGUCCUUUGAUAACCAGCUCAAGAUUCAAAAGUUGAAGGAUACAAUCUUCGCUGUGAAUGAGCAGUUAACCAAGGCGAAGAAGCAGGGUGCUUUCUCCAGCCUCAUAGCUGCCAAGUCGAUUCCAAAGAGCUUGCAUUGUCUCUCAAUGAGGUUGAUGGAAGAGAGGAUUGCCCAUCCUGAGAAGUAUUCAACUGAGGGGAAGCCGGUUCCUCCAGAAGUUGAAGAUCCUAACCUGUACCACUAUGCCUUGUUCUCUGAUAAUGUUGUUGCCGCAUCUGUUGUGGUCAAUUCAGCAACAAAGAAUGCAAAGGAGCCGUGGAAGCAUGUGUUUCAUGUUGUGACCGAUAAGAUGAACCUUGGAGCAAUGCAAGUGAUGUUUAAGUUGAAAAAUUAUCAUGGUGCACACAUUGAGGUUAAGGCUGUGGAGGAUUACAAGUUCCUGAAUUCAUCUUAUGUGCCAGUCCUAAAACAAUUGGAGUCUGCUAACCUUCAGAGAUUUUACUUCGAGAACAAGCUUGAAAAUGCUACAAAGGACACAAAUAAUAUGAAGUUCAGGAACCCCAAAUAUUUGUCAAUAUUGAACCAUUUGAGGUUCUACUUGCCAGAAAUGUAUCCAAAGCUGCAUAAAAUUUUGUUUUUGGAUGAUGACAUAGUGGUUCAGAAGGACCUAACUGGGCUAUGGAAGAUUGAUAUGGAUGGCAAGGUGAAUGGAGCUGUAGAAACAUGUUUUGGGUCAUUCCAUAGAUAUGCACAGUACAUGAAUUUCUCGCACCCCUUGAUUAAAGCAAAGUUUAAUCCAAAGGCUUGUGCAUGGGCUUAUGGAAUGAAUUUCUUUGAUUUGGAUGCUUGGAGAAGGGAAAAAUGCACAGAAGAAUAUCAUUACUGGCAGAAUCUGAAUGAGAACCGGACAUUAUGGAAAUUAGGGACAUUGCCACCAGGUCUAAUCACAUACUACGCAACAACAAAGCCACUGGACAAGUCAUGGCAUGUUCUGGGACUUGGCUAUAACCCAAGCAUCAGCAUGGAUGAGAUUAACAAUGCAGCAGUUGUGCACUUCAAUGGCAAUAUGAAACCAUGGCUCGACAUUGCAAUGACUCAGUUCAAGCCACUUUGGACAAAGUAUGUUGACUAUGAAUUAGAUUUCGUUCAGGCCUGCAAUUUUGGUAUCUAAAUGGUCAAGUUUCUUGUCACUUGGUGAUGCUGUGUCAGGUGCCGCUGCAGUUUAGUUUUGAUACAUAAUGGUUAUACGUUUAACAGAGUUCCCUGCUGGUGCAAGAAAAAAUCCUGCUUCUUUCAAUUGUAAAAUACUAUAGUAUAGUUAUUCUCUCAUGUCUUCCUCUUAUUUAUUCAUAACGUUUAGGCAAUAAUGUUAUUUAAAGAUGUGGUUUAAUGCUGAACAAUAUUACUGAAUUAAGUCUUGUGCCUUUCACUUUGGCUUUAGCUGUUUA